ACACAACACAACACUCCACUCCUCCUACGAGUCCAUGACUUUAAUUCUUCAUCCAAACCCAAACCCAAGCCAUCAAAACCAUGCGCAUUCUGAUUACCUCUUUUCUUCUCUUCUCUGUUCUACUCCUUCUCUCUUCCAAUGGCGCAUCUGGGUUCGGCUCAAUGGGUCCUAUCUCCGCAUCUUUUGGUCAAAAUAGCUUCUUUUGCGCCAUUGACGCCAGUGGCAAACAAGACGUUCUUUGCUGGGCAAAGAACACUUCUUCGUUAUCUUCUUCAUCUUCAACAACAAGCGCUGCUUAUUUUAGUAACAUUCCUCCGAUGGCAGCUCUCUCUGGCGGUGAAGGAUUUCUGUGCGGUAUAUUAGCUAACACUUCACAAGCGUUUUGUUGGAGUUCAAAUAGUUCAUCAGGUAUAGAUCUUGUACCUUCUGUUUUUAAAACCACUGCUUAUUCACAUAUCGCUGCUGGGAAGAAUCAUGUGUGUGCUAUAAGAGGGUCUUAUUAUUCUGAUCACGAUUCGGGUAUUGUUGAUUGUUGGGAUAUUUUGAGAAGUGGUAAUAAUAAUACUUUGAGUUCUGUACAAAGUACCAUGUUUUAUGAUGAGUAUGUUAGUACUCUUGUUCUUAAAUAUGUCGUGUCCGGUGAGGGGUUUAGUUGUGGUGGGGUUAGAGACGGCGGUGUUGUUUGUUGGGGACCAAACUCUGGGAGUUUAGGAGUCUCUAAUGUGACAGAAAAUUUCACAGUUUUAGCUUCAGCAAAAGAAUCUCUUUGUGGGAUUUUAGAUUUAUCUGGCGAGGUCAAAUGUUGGGGUUCUAAUGAUGAUUCAAGUUUAGUUCCUCGAGUCGGGAUCCGAUUUGUGUCGUUGGCUGCUGGUGCCAAUCAUUUUUGUGGUAUUAGAGAAGAUAAUCAUGGAGUUGAUUGCUGGGGAAGCUUUAAUUUUUCAUCUGUUCCGAAGAAUUCUGGGUUUAUGGCUAUUGCUUCAUCUGAUUUUACAACGUGUGGUAUCAGGGAAAAUGAUUUGGUUCUUGACUGCUGGUUUGCUAAUUCCUCCUUGCCGGCUGAUUAUGAUCCUCCUUUGGAGUUGUGUAGUCCAGGACUUUGUACACCUGGUCCUUGUAACGUUGGGGAGUUUGCCUUCAAUGCAAGUAUGCUAAAUGAGCCGGAUUUGACAAGCUUGUGUGUUAGAAAGGAUCUGAAAAUUUGUUCACCCUGUGGAACAAAUUGUUCUGGAGGAUUCUUCUUGUCUAGUCCGUGCACUGAUAAUGCUGACCGAGUAUGCACAGCCUGCUCACUUUGCCAGAGUAGUUCUUGUUGGGAUGUUUGUGGGCUUCAAUCUUCUACAGAAAGGCAUUGGCAUCAGUUUCGCCGUUUAGUUCUCAUAGUUGGUUGUUCUGCAGCAGGUUUGUUACUGCUAAUAAUUAGCUGGUGUAUACUUCCGCAUGUUUGUACCACUAGAACAGAAGAUGGAUCAAAAAAACAAUUCAAAUCAUGCAUUGGUAAACCAGAAUUAGCCACUGAUGCUACUGCUGAUUCACUUCCUCCUCCAAUUGCUACCUGUCCUGGGGUGGCUCAAGUUUUCCGACUCUCAGAGCUGAAAGAUGCUACCAAUGGGUUUAAGGAGUUUAAUGAACUUGGCAGGGGAAGCUAUGGUUUUGUUUACAAAGCUGUCCUUGCAGAUGGGCGGCAAGUUGCUGUCAAGCGAGCUAAUGCAGCCACAAUAAUUCACUCUAAUAUCCGAGAAUUUGAAAUGGAGUUGGAAAUCCUUUGCAGUAUCAGGCAUAGCAAUAUUGUGAAUUUGCUCGGUUAUUGCUUAGAGAUGGGGGAGAGGCUUCUUGUUUAUGAGUUUAUGCCCCAUGGAACACUUCAUGACCAUCUCCAUGGUGGACUUUCUCCUCUAAAUUGGAGCCUGAGGCUGAAAAUUUCAAUGCAGGCAGCUAAAGGGCUUGAGUACCUCCACAAGGAAGCUGUUCCACCAAUUGUGCAUCGAGAUGUUAAGACUUUAAACAUUCUCUUAGAUUCCGAUUGGGGAGCUAGAAUUGCUGAUUUCGGGCUUCUUACAUCUAAUGAGAGGGAUUUCAGUGGAGACAUACAGAAUGAUGUGUACAACUUUGGGAUUGUAGUAUUAGAGAUUCUUAGCGGGAGAAAAGCGUACGAUAGAGAAUACACACCUCCUGGUAUAGUUGAGUGGACAUUGCCCUUGAUUAAACAGGGUAAGGCAGCUGCAAUAAUCGAUCGGUAUGUGGCGCUACCAAGAAAUGUUGAGCCUUUGCUAAAACUAGCGGAUAUAGCAGAAUUGUGUAUUAGGGAAAAUCCAAGUGAGCGUCCUACUAUGUCAGAAGUGGCAACAUGGUUGGAGCAAAUUGUGAAGGAAGGUUUGAUCUUGUAGUCUUCAGCUCAAGUCUCAUACUUUCGGUAAAAUCAAGUUGAUAAAUACUUCAUCUUCAUUGAGUAGUGCCAUUUGGAAACUGUAAAUUUGUAUGAGCUUCUUGCAUAUGACGACGCAUACCGGUUCACACCCUCUCUAAGCCCUUUUUUUGUAUUUUUUUUACUUCUAUUUUCUCCGUGCUUGUUUCAGUUUAUCUCCACAAAGUAAAGGAGAUGCAAUUUUUUCUACAUUCUACAUUUGUUCAUUCUAUGGAAAUGGAUUAAAUAGGUAUGCCCUCUUGUGUAACAAUUGGAACUUGUAUUUCAGGAAUAAAAAAAUG